UGUGUCAGUAGGUGCUUAUAUUUUUAUAAGAUAUCCUCUUACACACAUUAAAAACAUAUAGUAAGAUAUUUUAUACAGAUCAGUACGCUUAAGUGAUCAGAUAUUUGAUUCUUGUCACAAACACAGAGAGAUCUGAAUCUUUUAUUAAUGGAUCAUGACCGUACGUUCGACUUGUUUCCAUACGGACUACAAGAAGUAGCCGAGGAAGAAGAAAUCGAAGAGUUAGAAGGAGAUGACGAGAGCAUGACGCUGUCGUCGGUGCCGGAAAACGAUACGUCGGAGUGUUCUUCAUCUCCAGCUAUGUAUCCUCCGAUCCCUCCUCCGCCUAAAACUCCGAGAGAGCCUAUGGAGUUUCUAUGCAGAUCAUGGAGCAUGUCUACGUCUGAGAUCUCUUUAGCUUUGUCUUCUCAGAAACCUAAUAAACAAACCAACAAAGAAUCUAAUAUUUCUAAGUUGGACGCCGUCCCUUCGCCGGCUCCGGCACCAUCACCACCAGUUCCACCACCACCGCCGCUACUAACGGGAAAGCUAGCGAGUGUGGUAAACGCGCGGAGGACGGGAACGCUCGGUAAAUGGUUCCACCACCGAGAAAUUGUCGGAGGUAAGGGCUCCGCCGUAAGAAAGAGAGAUAAAGCUCGAGUGGAGAAUGCGCAUCUUCAUUCCGCCGUAUCGAUUGCGUCUCUGGCGACGGCCAUCGCCGCCGUGACAGCUUCGUGCAGCCAAGACGGCUUCACGGAAUCAAAGACGAUGAGUUCAGCGCUGGCUUCGGCUUCGGAGCUGUUGGCUUCUCACUGCCUCGAAUUGGCGGAGCUCUCCGGAGCCGGUCACGAUCGUGUCGUCUCUGCAGUCCGAUCUGCCGUAGAUGUUCGUGGACCUGGCGAUUUGUUGACUUUAACUGCUGCAGCUGCAACUGCAUUGAGAGGAGAAGCAGCUUUGAGGGCAAGACUACCAAAGGAAGCUAAGAACAACGCAGCUAUAAGCCCUUGCGAAAGAGCUUUACCAGAAACUCAUUACUGUUCUUCUGAGCUCGAUUGCGCUAGCACGACCGAUGAACAGAUCUCUGCACAGGGAGAUGAAGAAUCAAAACUGGAUUGUACUGGAGAUCUAAUGCAGUGCACACGAAACGGAGCUUUGCGGUGGAAGCAUAUAAAAGUGUACAUCAACAAGAGAUCUCAGGUUGUAGUAGAAAUCAAAAGCAAACACGUCAGAGGAGCGUUCUCCAUGAAAAGCAAAGGUAGUUAACUAACUAUUGUCACCUUCAGAUAUCUCUUCUUUCUUUCAAUGGUCGUGGUGUUCAUUUGUGUAAAGCCAAAGUAGUCUUGAGACUUUUUCCAAUGCUUACUUGAUCCAAUGGUUAAAUCACUACACACUACAGGAAUUGUAAAUGAUGUAUGCGAGAUCGUCUCGGGCCUGCAAAA